CACAGUAGUGUGGACACACAUACUGCCUGGUAUACUGCUGCCCAGGUCGCUGUCUUCAGGUUCUUAUUGAUGAAGACCCGGGAUCUUAGGCGACCAAAUGCGGUGGAGGCUCGAUUGCUGUAGGCUUGGAUGUCUGCGUCAACAUUACAGCCGUCAGCGAAGACACUGCCAAGGUUGAUGAGGGACUGGGAAGGAUGAUGAUUUCCUGAUCUUCACACUCUUCUCCAGCCAAUACCAAGCAUGAACCACACUCCCAGUCCACACAUGUCUGAUGGCAGCAAGUCGGCAGGUGGCGGUUUAUUGUGCAGCCUGGGCAUGGGUUCUGACAGCGGGAUUCGUUCGCCAGAAUGCCUUACCCAAACCCCUAGCCCUAUUGGAGGUACCCCUAGCUCCAGCCCUCCACUGCUGCUUUCUCCUGGGCUCGGAGGCCUGGGCCUGGGAGCCAUAGGCGUCAUGGGUGAGGCAGCUGGGGCAGACUGGGAGAGCAGGGAAGAGCUGAGACUCAGGGAACUGGAGGAAGCACGAGCCAGAGCAGCUCAGAUGGAGAAAACUAUGCGCUGGUGGUCAGAUUGCACGGCCAACUGGAGAGAGAAAUGGAGCAAGGUUCGCGGAGAGCGUAACCGUGCACGCGAUGAAGUCCGCCAAUUGAGGCAGAGGUUGGAUGCUCUCACCAAGGAGUUGACAAGCGUACGAAGGGAACGUCAGGAACUAACAUCAGAAAUCGAGGUGCUAAGACAGGAUGUAUUACACCUCCGCAAUGAUCCUACUGCUCCUCCUCUAGCCACCAGUUCUCCUUCUUCCUCACCUGAGUACCACAUAUGUGCUGCUUCCUCUCAAUCUGUUGUGCCACCUUCUACCUUGCAAGACCAAACUGACAGCAACUUGGACAGGUUAAAAGAGGGGUUACCUGGGUCUCCAGAACCUGAACCAGUAAGGGACAUGGACAUGAACACACAAAAAGUAGGUCAACAAAAGCAGGAAAUGGAGCUGCUUCAGUCUGUGAUGCAUUCACGAGCUCCAGGUGGCGACACUCAAGAGUCUUGGGACGGUCAGAGUGGCGAUUGCAUGAACCCACCUGGCACACGUUCAUCCUCUGGUUUGAGCCGGCAGGAACGCAACAGGCAGCUAUGGGGGGACAUGGGUGCCGUGGAGGAUGACUCCAGGAAACUCAACGCUUUGCAGCUUCGCCUGGACGAGUCCCAGAAAGUCCUGCUGAAAGAAAGAGAAGACAAGCUUGCUUUAAGUAAGAGCAUCGCAAAGCUGGAGCUCGAGCUCAGUCAGUGGAAACUUAAGUAUGAGGAGAUAAGCAAGAAUAAACAAGAAGUCCUCAAACAGCUGAAUCUACUGAAGGAAAUACAUCAGGAUGAACUUGGUCGCAUAUCUGAAGACCUGGAGGAUGAACUUGGAGCUCGGACCAGUAUGGACAAGAAACUAGCUGAACUACGAACUGAGAUGGAGAGGUUGCAGGAGGAGAAUGCGGCAGAAUGGGGUCGCAGAGAGCGCUUGGAAACAGACAAGCUGGCACUGGAGCGUGACAAUAAGAAGCUGAAGGCUCAGACUGAAGACCUGGAAGAACAGCUCGCAAAGAAGCGUCGUCAGGCUGCGUCAGCAAUCGACACUGACCUAAAGACCAUGCAGACUGAGUUGUUUGAGAAAAACAAGGAGUUAGCUGACCUUCGCCACAUUCAUGCAAAGCUGAAAAAGCAGUUUCAAGAAAAGACAGCAGAGCUCGCCCAUGCCAACAGAAGGGUGGAGAGCCAUGAGGCUGAAGUCAAAAAACUGCGCCUGCGAGUGGAAGAACUCAAAAAAGAAUUAGGUCAGGCAGAAGAUGAGCUGGAUGAGUCACAUAACCAGACAAGAAAACUACAGAGGUCUUUGGAUGAACAGGUGGAGCAGACUGAGAACCUGCAGGUGCAACUAGAACACGUGCAGUCCAGACUGCGGCGGCAGCAGUUGAGUCCUGCUCUGUUUGGGAAGAAGCGAUCUGCUCGAUUUAGCCCCGAGAUGCAAGAGGGGCCGAGCAGCGAUGUGGAUGACGAAGAUGAGCAGCUGCAGCUACAGAUCCCUGGAUGACACUUAUACACUCAUGCAGAGUUUCCAACAGAGCAGAAUAUUGUUGUAGAAAAAUUGACCUAAAAUAGCACCAUCUUGCUAAUACUGUCUGACAAGAAAAUCGCCAUGAAAGGAUGGAAUUAUUUGCAUGGCCACUAUCAGCCCAGUACAUCUUGUGCAUUUAUGAUCGGUCCUGGUUCACAAACCAAAUCAGUAGUUGUGAAAAUGUUUCAGUUUCUUCAGCAAUUAUACAGAAGUAACAAUUCUGCCUGUUUUUGAGUUACACAUCAGGAUAAAUACCCAAAUUUAGUUGCUAACCUAUCUCAAGGAACACGACAUAGGGCAGAGUAGAAGUAGAUAUUAUUAAGAAAUACGCACUACAAUCCUGCUCCCAUUGAGACAUUACUGCAACACAUUACUGUGCAAAAGUCCUAGGUCAGACAGGAGGAUCAUAAGGACGAUUCUGGAGGGUCCAAGUCAGCCUACUCCGUGUAUUAUCUUGUCUUACUCAAUACUCUUCAAACAGUUGUCGACCUCUAAUUUAUCCUUGUAGAUUUAUUUAGCAGGGAAGCAAUGGUGCAAAUAUCAUCUCCAGAAUUCACCAGCUAUUGGAAGAAGCUCCAAGGCCUUCACAUUAGUAGUCUUGAGGAAAGUAUUACAAAAAGACCAAAUUACUUUUGCACAGUACUGCAUUCAUGUGUAUUGAUACUAAUACCGUUUUUGUUAGUCAAAUGAUGGUUGGUGUUUUGAUACUUUCGUAAUACUGAGUGUGAUGUCUGAAAACAAAUUGUGCUGAUUUUGUUUCAUUUUUUUCAGGCACCACUAUAGCUUGUUGAAUUAUAAAUACAGCAACCUACAACAGGAAUGACUGCAUUUGUUAUUGAUACAUCCUGUACUAGCACUCGUUCAAACUGAAAAAAUUGUACUGCAUAACUGUUUUAUACUAACAUGUCAGAAAAUGUGCAUUCAUUUAAAACAACUUGAUGAUAUUCAGAUUUGAUUACAAAGAAACAUGUUCAUUUUUCCUUAUCAUUUUAAUGUAAAUUGAUUAGGCUGAACCCAUAAAACACUUGUUUUUGUUUUUUAAUACUAAUGUCAAACAUCUAUGAUGUUACAUACUGAACAUAUCCAGCCAUCCCUUUUCUACCGCUUGUCCCUUUUUUAGUUGCGGGGGGUGCUGGAGCCUAUCUCAGCUGCAUUCGGGCGGAAGGCGGUGUACACCCUGGACAAGUCGUACUGAACAUAUAUUGAUGUAAAAUAAUUUCUAUAGUGACAUUUUUUGAGUGUCUUAUUAGCAUUUUUACUAUUGUGACAAAUACAUGACUUCAGACUUCCCAUAACAAUUUCACGGUUAAAAGAUAACUGAUAUAUUCUUAGCUAUUUUUUUGGUUGAACUGUAAUAUUAGAUACCCUAUUAAAACAUUACAAAUGUUACAUGGGUUUAAAAAUGAACUUUAUAGGAAACAUUUGAUAUGAUAUUGAUAUCAGAUAUCAGUUAUUGGAUUAUGUCGGCUUGCAUCUAAAAGCCAAAUCUACGAGCGUUACGAAAGAAGUCCUGCAAAGCUGGACAGCCAGUUUAACAUCUAACGUCCUCCAAUAAGCACAGCAAGUUGGUCUUUCCUCCUAUAGGCUUCCAGGCGAUCCAACACAAAGAACUGUCCUUAAUUGAACAUUAUUGCAGUCUGAAACCCCAAAUGUGUAUUCAAUAAUAGCUGCAUAUUACUUCCACAUACAACAUUUUCAAGGCAGAAGAGUAUUAGAAAGUAUCCAGUACCUCUUUUGUUCGCAUUUCAACCUGCUGUGUCAUGAUCUUACCUUAAUGCAUUAUCAAAGCCACUUGGUAUCACCAAAAAUAAAAUUACCACUCCACUUCAACCUAAAGGCAGUAUUGCAGACAGUUAAUAGAAAAUAAGUAGUGCUUUGUCAUACCUACCAUUGGUCUCUUGAGUGAUUCCACUUGACCAACCCUUCUCUUACAUUCCACAUGAAACAAGUAUGUAUGGGUCCUGCUGAUAUCAGAUCAAUAUCAACCAAUACUCAAGGUUCUAAUAUUGGUAUCACAUCAAAAAUUAAAAUGUAUCAGGAUUUUUAAACAUUUCAAAGUGUCCCCGUGGCUUCUUUUGGGUUAAAACGUCCCAAUUAACAAACACUUAAGUGCAGACCAAUGACAAGUUUUGAUCUUAGUCUGCUAGUCUACUUUACAUUUCAUUCACUUUGGCAUCAUUGGGACACACCGUAAAGCAUUCCAAUACAGUUUAAAGACAUUUUUGAAAGGCCAAUUGUAAAAUGUUGUAAUGUGGGGUAAAGUCAUGGGUGACAUUUCUGUGAAUUUUUGUCAGAUUUUAAAUAUAUGUACUUGUACAAGCAAUAAAACACUGCAUUUAUACGCCA